CCAGAGAAAUCUAAGCGUUUCUUCUUCUCUUCUCAUCAACACAAGAAAGCCAGAGAAAUCUAUAUCCCCAGUUAUUCCAAGAAAGCAAACAAAUCGUAUAAACUAAUCAAAAUAAUACAUUUAAUCACGAAAGAGGCUAUUAAACAAAAAAUAAAUCAGUCAAAAACACAUAUCUAAAAAAAUCCAUAAGCAUUUGCAAGUGUUAUUCUUUUCAUGUCCUCGUGAUUUUUCUCCAUCUAAAAAAACCAUUUAAAAUUAACAAAAAAAAAAAACGAAAAGGUAGAAAAUUAACUCUUUUUUUUUCAAAUAAUAAUUUCAAGACACAACAAGAAAAGAAAAGGAAUUAUUACAGAGAGUAAGACAGAUUCAAGAGGGUGAUAUUCAAUGAUGUCGCCUCUCUUGGAAUCGAGACCAAAAAGAGAAGGAAUUAUUACAGAGAGCUAGGGCAUGAUUUUGAGAAGGGAAGGCUUCUUGUUCUUCUUGAUCUUGAAGAGGGAAGCAAUUAUACUAUUUAGGAUUCUUGCUUUCUCUUCAACUUCCCCCCCUUUUCUAUUAUUAUUUUUUGUUUGAUUGCUAAUUAUUUUUAAUCUGAUUUAUAGACGUGGUGAUACUCUUUGGGAUGGAGUAUCCUGGGUUUUCUGUUACGCAGAGGAAAAAUCCUCAAUGGAACAAAGUUGCUCACAGUAAUCAUCAUCAUGGGUCCUUCUCUUUUCAAAGAUUACAGGAUAAAAAUGAGGAUGGAACAGUGGAUGGAGAGUGUGGGUCGGUGUUUGGAGGAUUUAGAAUUCCUCGAAGUUUUUUGAAACUUCAAGCCAACCAGAAGAAAAGGAGUGCUGCUUACAGGGAACUUUUGCACACUUGUGAUCAGAAUGAAGAGCUUGGAGAAAGGAAAGAGCAAAAUCUCAAGGUAUUCACGCUUGAAAUGUUUGUGCUUUUGCCUUUGGAACUGUUGGUGGAAAUAUCACUGCUAGGAGGGGAAAAAACAGGGGGUGUUGUGGCUUUUCAUUUAAGAAAUCACCAAAGCAGACUGAUCCGCUCUCUAUUCUUGCUGUUGAUCUUUUUUCACGUAGAGUGUUUUCAGACUGUUAAAUUCAACAGUACAAAGACAAGUGAGUGUAUGUUGUUUCCUUUUGCCAAUCUCUUGCCUUCACUGCGUCUAUAUGCAAAUAUCUGUUCGACAAUUGGGUUCACUUCCCAUCAAUAGUAUAACUUAGUUUGCUAGGCAACAUAAGUUCAUCGUCAGGUUCCAAUGCAAUAGGUUUGCUAAGUAGCUUGACUAUUAGUUUUUUCCCAGGAAUUGAUUGAUCAGGAGCAACACUGUACGCAUUCAAAGAAAAAAAUCAUACC